UCACUCCCUUUGCAAUUGAAAAAGCAAGCAAUUGGAGCCGUGAUCCCUAUGAUGCACGACUGAGAGCGUUUGAAAUAAAGAUAUUUUGUGAAGACAACAUAGAUCCCGUCCAACAAUUAGUGCCUACAACUUUUAUCCAAAACAAAUCCGAAUGACGUGGUUGCGGAACGGAGAGGAAGUGACCUCAGCUGUCAGUUUUUCUGAAGUGAUGUCUGUUGGGGAUUGGUACUAUCAAGUUCAUUCCUACCUGGUGCACACUCCGACUCGAGGAGAAAGAAUGACCUGCAUGGUCGAACACCUCACCCUCUCUGAACCAGUGCUUCAGGUCUGGGUCCCUUCCCUUCCUGUGACAGAACGGAUCAAAAUCGGUGUGGGAGUGUUUGCUCUGAUGCUUGGUUUUGUUUUUCUGAGCUCUGGAUUCAUCUACUACAAGAAAAAGUCUGCCGCACACUUUACUUUUUGCCAAGGACGAGUGUCCAUUUCUGUGGAAGACCUCCCUGCAGCUGAAGCUACGUAGCAGUACUGUUGGGACAUACCAUCCAAGGUGACCUGAAUAUGGCACUGAAAAAUUAUAGUGGACAGUUGCAA